AGAGAGAGAGGUAGAGGAAGAGAGAGAGGGAGAAAGGGGGCGGUGAAUCCUUUGCCACCCGCAUACUUUCUUUCUAAACGUCCUCCUCUCUCCCGAAUCUCUAGUUUUCCCUCUAACAUGGCUGCGCUCUCAGCCUGGUUCUGGAACGAGCGCUUCUGGCUUCCGCACAAUGUCACUUGGGCGGAUCUGGCCGACCCCGCGCCCGGCGUGGAGUACCCGAAAGCCGGCCACUUGCUCUCCGCGCUGCCGCUGGCCUUGGGGAUAUUCGCAGUGCGGAUAAUAUUCGAGAGGUGUAUCGCAGGUCCAUGCGCCUCCAUCCUUCAGAUCCACACGGAGUCGAGUCGGAGAGCUCAGCCCAAUGCCGUCCUGGAGAAAGUGUUUACAUCUAUCACAAAGUCGCCGGACUCGCGGCAUUUAGAAGGUCUGUCUAAACAGCUGGACUGGGACGUGCGGAAGGUCCAGCGAUGGUUUCGGCAGCGGAGGAACCAGGACAAACCCAGUACAAGAACCAAGUUUUGCGAGAGCAUGUGGAGGUUUACUUUCUAUCUUUAUAUAUUUACUUACGGGAUCCAUUUCCUGUGGCAGUCUCCCUGGAUGUGGGAUACGAGACAAUGCUGGUACAACUACCCCUAUCAGGUGCUGACCUCAGGCCUGUAUCAUUAUUAUGUAACAGAACUGUCCUUCUACUGGUCGCUCAUGUUCUCCCAGUUCACAGACAUCAAAAGAAAGGAUUUCCUCAUCAUGUUCAUUCAUCAUCUGGCUACCAUAAGCCUGAUCAGUUUCUCGUAUGUGAAUAACAUGUUGCGCGUGGGAAGUCUGGUCAUGUGUGUUCACGACACCUCUGACUUCCUGUUGGAGGCUGCAAAGUUGGCAAACUACGCCAAAUACCAGCGCUUAUGUGACUUCUUGUUUGUGGUGUUUGGGAUAAUCUUCUUUGGGACAAGAUUGAUUAUUUUCCCCUUCUGGAUCCUGAACACGACGCUGUUCGAGAGCUGGGACAUCAUCGGGCCGUACCCGUCCUGGUGGCUCUUCAACUUCCUCCUGCUGGUCCUGCAGGUCCUGCACGUCCUCUGGUCAUACCUCAUCGCACGCAUCGCCUUCAAAGCCAUCAUGAGAGGAAAGGUGUCCAAAGACGACCGCAGCGACAUCGAGAGCAGCUCGGACGAAGACACUGACACACCCUCCAAAGAGCGACUCAAAACGGGCAGUCGCAGUCACUCACCGAGAGGAGAGAACGGCACCAACGGCCAUUUCGGCCCCAAAUCCUGGAGCCAGAACCACAGCGACUGGUGACACUCCCUCCACGUGGCCUUCGCACACAGAGAACUCGUGUCCCGGAGAUAUCACAACGGGACUAUUC